AUGCUCGCGCUGUGUCGUAGAGCACAGGCGAGAUGGCUUUCGUCGACGGCCAGUAAGCCCGGACAGAGACGCGUGCUGCUAAAGCCAUCAGUAGUGAUCGCUGGAGUGUCCUCCGCCAUUGCAGCUUACCUCGCACUGCGCGACCAGCCAUACAGUCUGCCACCUCGUACGGAAAAGUCGUUGAAUCCAUCUAAAUUCACCCCUGCAACCCUCGUUAAAUCGGUCCAAACAUCCUCUGAUACGAGAUUGCUGACGCUCUCCCUGCCUCUGGAUGCGAUACCCCAGGACAACCGAGAAUUAACCCCGAUAUGGUCCGUCUUCGUCAAGGAUGACGAUAUUCAGGUGGAGAGGCCCUACACACCCUUAGAAGGGGUAGAUGAAAGUGGGAACAUGUCGUUUUGGAUUAAGAAGUAUGAUCACGGUGAAGUGGCCCGCUGGUUACAUGCAAAGCAACCCGGUUCUUCUAUUGAAUUACGCGGUCCCGUGAAAACUUGGACAUGGAAAGAUGACACUUGGGACGAUAUCAUUAUGGUUUCAGGUGGUACGGGAAUCACCCCCUUCUAUCAGCUUCUGCACCAUGUAUUCUCCUCAAAAAACGAGUGUAAAGGUCGCCUAACGUUGCUUCACGCGUCGAAGACCCCUGCAGACCUGCCACCUGCCAACGUGAUGGAAUUUCUUCACGGUGUAGCUGAGCAGCACCCGAACAAUUUUAGGUUCCGUGUCUUUGUAGACUCCCUAGACGUCUCCCAACAACAUGAGGUUAAGAUCCCUAUGGACAUUACAUGUGAUCGCAUUGGAAAAUCCGCGUUACAAGAUGCACUCCGAUUAAAGAAGACAAUGCCGUGGUGGAAGGCGCUCUUUUGGCCGACGAACGUCCCGGCAGUCGCUGAAGAUCGAAAAGUGAUUGUCCUGGUCUGUGGACCAGAGCAAAUGGUGAAUGCGAUCGCUGGUCCUUAUGGCCGAAACUAUGCGCAAGGGAAGGUUGGGGGAAUUCUUGGAGAGUUAGGCUUGCGGUCACACCAGGUCUGGAAGCUCUAA